AUGUCCACACCUUGUGAGACCAAUACUUGUCCAACACCAGGAAAAGCGUUGUGGAAGGUGAGCGCCAUGGAUCUUAGUAAAGAAAGGAAAUGGUCCAAGCUGAGGGGUCGCCUGCACAUGCUUGGCUACAAUCAGUAUCUAGGUGCAGAGUCUGUGCCGCUUGUCGAGGAGCUUUUCAGUGACCUUGUCCACACCACCGAAAGCCUACGCAAUUCUCAACAAUCAACAGUCAAGUCGGAGAAGGAAAGCCAAAACUGUGAUGUCCUCCUUGCCCGGCAGAACCAAGACCUUGAGCUUGAGCUCAUGAUGGUGAAGAGUGAGAAGGCCCAUGUGACCAAAGAGUUGAAGGCGUAUAUCACAAAACUGGAUGAAGAGAUUGGUUUGCAGAAAUCUUUAAACAAGCAGCACGUGCAAAAGAUCCACAGCCUGGAGCAGGAAUGCAAUGAAAAGGCCAGGAUCAUACAUCAACUAAGUGGGAAGAUUGCGGAAGUGCAAGCAGUAGACAUAUUUUUCAAUUUUGUGUGUUUGCGUGCUUGCAUUACACUGAUUGAUGAGCUGCAAACGACCAACAACACACUAGAGCAGAAGCUCAAUGCCGCGGGGCAAAAGUCAUCUAGCAAAGUGGCAGAGCUUACCUCAAAGAACCAUGAACUAUGUCAAGAAAUCACGGACAUACGUAACCUAGCUAAGAUGAUGGAGAUGGAGAAGAGGCAAAAGUUGAAAACAGCCAAAACGGAAGUACAAGAUCUAAAAGACAUUAUUCAUAAACAUAAGGAUGUCAUUAAAGAUUUGGAGGCUCAGCUUGGUAAAAAACGAACGGAAGUUAUUGACCCGGAGUUAAUAAAAUCACAACUUGGAGAUGAGUUGGGGAAUUUAAGAGAGCAGAAUGAGAAAUUAAAGAAAAUGGUGGAUUUUCUGUCAGUAGAGAAGAGCAGGCUGCAGGACAAAUUGCAGAAGAUGAUGUCCAUCGAAAAAGUAUUGGUGCUGGAGUUGGAGGGCUGGCGGACUAAAUAUGGCAUUUGCGGAAAGGACCGCUUGCCAUCACGUUUAGAUGCCUUUGUCAAGAGUUUAGAGGAAGAAAGGGAUUCCUAUCGUUUGGAGGCCGAACACUCUAGAAACAUUCGAGUCUACGUCACCCCUAUUUACAGUUCAGACAUGAAGAGCAGUCAUGGAAUUGAGAACGUACAACAGGAGCCUGAUGUAAUUCGGAAACUAAAAGAAGAGCUUAGACGGGUAGAAGAAAACCUCCAGCAGCACAACUUGCAUAUACAAGAUGAGAUCUCAAACCUGAAAGAGGACAAAACGUCAGAAGACAAAAUCGAACAAGAGUUGGCAGAAAAGGUUUUACUGGCGAAGGAACUUCAGGACAUGCAGCAGCAGCACGAGAAACAAAUGGCAGAUGCUAAUGUUGAAAUCUUACAACUUAAACAGAAGCUCCAAAUGACAAAAGAAAAGAUGCAGGAAUUGGAGGAAUUGAAGCUAAAGCAGACACAUGAUCCAGAAACAUCUGCUCUGAUGUUAACACUGAAAGAGAAUCUUAAAAAGGCAGAGGAGAAAGUAGAGCAAGUAAAAUCUGAAAAAGAUACACUCAAGGAAGAAUUAAAGCAACAGAAGAUGCAACAUGAGCAGCACAACUCCAACACAUUUGUCGAAAUUGCUGACCUGAAAGAGAAGCUCAGAGUGGCUGAAAAAAAAAUCCAGCAACAAAAGCAGAAUGAGGAACACAUCUCAGAUUUGCUCAAACUGAAAGAGAAGAUCAAAAUGACUGAAGAUACUCUCAGGCAGGUGAAAUCUGAAAAAGACAGACAGAUGGAAGAAUUGAAGGUAAGAAACGUCCAACAGUUGACUGCAGAAAAAGACUCACUGACUGAAGAAUUAAAACAAAAGAUUGGUUCGCACACAUCUGGUGAUAUCUCCGACCUGAAAGAGAAGCUCAGGCUAGCAGAAGAAAAAAUACAGAAGUUGACCGAAGAAAAAGACUCGCAGCACGCAGAGUGGGAACAAAAGCAACUGCAGCAUUACAAGCAAAGCGCAAAUAAAUCUGCUGAAAUCCUUCAACUGAAAAAGCAGCUCAGACAGGCAGAAGAACAACUCCUUCAGGUGACCGCAGAAAACAACUCCCUGGCUGAGGAGUUGAAGAAGCUCAGAUUGACUGAAGAAAAAAUCCUGCAAGUGACAGCUGAAAAAGACUCGUUGAUGGAGGAACUACAGCUAAAGUCCAACCUAAAUAUAUCCGAAGAACUCUCCAAACUCAAAGAGAAGGUCAGAUUGGCUGAAGAAAAACUUCUGCGGGUGACGGCGGAAAAAGUCUCACUGGAGGAAGAGUUGAAGCUGAAGCAGGAGAACCUGGAGUUGCACUCACAGGUUUUGGAAUUACAGGUCCGCGAGCGGAAUGUGGAGCGCCAGAUGGAUACCCGUUCUGCUGCACUGGUUCAGAAUGCAGAGGAGUCGCCGGGGCAGAGGACAGCAGCAUCCGGUUUUAGGCGGCAACAAGACCAAAUUCAGGAUGCGCUUUUGGACCUCCAACAAAUGCUAUCUGUGAAGACAGAUGAAUUGCACGACGCUCACAGCCAGAUGGAAAAAUUGGAGGACAUAAUCGAGUCACUGAGUAAGCAGCUUUACCAGCACAGACAGGAUGCCAAGGUCUUUCAGAUCUCUUAUUCGGCAUUGUGCUUCAAAAAGGAUGUUCUUCAGGAGGACGUGGCGAAGAAGACUAAGCGUUUGGCAGUUCUUCAUGAGCAACUGAGCAAGAAGGUUAACUUCCAUGAUAAAAAUUUUUGUCAUCUUAGAUGCACUAAUAGUCUUAACAUUUUUAUCAGCAAAGAGCAGCUAGACUUUGAACUGAAAAGCCAUGACAGAGCGAUGGCCACUCAUAGAAUGCUGGAGAACCAUCAGGAAACGCUGGGGAGACUCAAGAGAGACAACGAAUUGAUAAUCGGUGAAUACCGGAGGCUGCAGGACGACAUGGCCGCCAUCACAGAGGAGAAGCAACAUGCACUCAUGGAGAAAGGGGACGCUUUACGUGAACGGGACGAGCUAAAACAGAGAAUGAAUUCUUACGUUGAUACAGUGGCCAGGAUUGAGAACAUCUUGAAGACAAAGGAUCAGGAGAACUUGGACCUGCUGGAGCGCAUCCGCACUGCCCAUUCGGACUUGCAGGUACGGGAGCACCGUUUGAAGUGUGCGGAGGACCUCAACGGCUCUAUACGCCUGGAGCUCCUGUUAUCCGAAAAGGAACGUCAGAACCUCUGCGAAGCCCUCGGGCACAAGGAGCAAGAGGUCAAGGAGCUUAUGCAGGACUUGCAGACAUAUAAGGCACAGGCGGCAACAUUAGCCCAUGGAAUGAGUCAGCUGGAGGCAGAACUCCGUGUCCUACAAGAGGAGAAGGUGGUUCUCCUGGCUGAAUUGGCCACAGUCAGGGAUGUAUGUGUCAAAUUGGACUCUGACAAGGAAAUUGCAGCGCAACAACUUCUGCAGAAGAGCAUGGAGCUCGAGAGGGCAACCUCAAAGCAGGAGGAUGCGCUGUCGGAGGCGGCUCUCCUGAAGGAGCACCUUGCCAGUGAGAAACUGACGCUACGCAACAUGGAGGCUAUGCUGUCCACCAGUCGAAAGGAGAUGUUUCAAGCCCACCAAGCAGCUAGUGACAAGGAGGCGGAGCUAACUACUCUACGCCACAAGCUCACCCAGGCUGACAACAAGAUAAUGUCGCAUGCAAGGGAGGUGACCACUCUACGGGGGAAAGUCACUCAGCUGCAGACCCAGAUGGAGGUUCUGACUAGCAAAGUCCUCGAGCGUGAGGGUCAUCAUGGCACAUCCUCACAAGAAAUAUCCUUCAUGCCCAAGAGAGCCUCCUCGCCCAUUGACCACGCAGACGUUCCUCACCAGAUGGACCCGUACAACUCUGUACAAGAAGAGAUUAGCUUUGGGCCAACGUCACAAAAGAUUCCAGGAGAUCCUGGACUCGGGUGA